AUCUGGCAACACGGGCUCGGGCGUAAGCGAAAACAACAUGGCAUCCGUCAACAGUCGAGAGUGGAGGGCGGUGUGUGAGAAAUUUCUUCGCUCGCAAGAGCUUUCCGAAAAAGAGUCUAGAAAAGACCCGGAGAACGACCCUUUCCGCUCGAAGUACGAAGCGAGGGAGCUGCUGAAGGAGAUUUACUGCUUUCUGAAGAAUGUCGACGCAGAUGAGAGUGAGGAGGAGGAGGAGGAGGGAGAAGAAGAGGACGGCCAGUGUGAGCAGAGCGAGUCCGAGGGAGGGGAGGCUGCAGGCGGGAGAACCCACCCGGGAGACUCCCGGGCCGGCCUCAGAGCAGCCAAGCUCGGGGUGGUUGAGUACUAUUUGGGCGUGAACCACAUUGAAACAGAGGAGCUUUCCGCGGGCGAGGAGCAUCUGAUGAGCUGCGUGAAGCUGCUGGAGAAGUGUGCAGUGACUCGGGAGAACGUCUCCCUCUGCAUCCAGGCCAGGAACCAGCUUGGGAUCCUGUGGGCUGGACGAGAUGAAACUGAGAAAGCUCAAGGCUUCUUGGAGACCGCCAAAUCCAUUUAUGUUCGCUACAUGAAGGAGGAUGGUCAGCCACCACUGGAUUUGGUGGAUUUCUUUGUGGUGGAGCAAGAGGCACCAUCCCAGCAAGAGAGAAUGAGGAGAUUUGAAAUGGUGUACACCCACACCCUUUACUACCUGGCUCAAGUUUAUAAAAAUCUGGAGCAGUAUGAGAAAGCUGGACAGUACUGUCACAGUACACUGCAAAGACAGCUGAAAUUCAGCCAGUUUGUGCCGCUUGAGUGGGCCAUCAAUGCUGCUGCACUGUCACAAUACUAUAUCACAAAGACACGAUACAUGGAGGCACGGCACUGCUUGGCUGCAGCUAAUGUUAUUGCUGGCCUUGCUGGAGAAGUCCCUUCAGAAGCUGCUGCCAAAGAAAGUGAAGUUGAAUACGAAAAGCGUGAACAACUGCGUCAGAAAAGAGCUGAAAUUGCCAGAUGCUGGAUCAAAUAUUGUCGAAAUCUCUUAGAGGAUGCCAAAAAACUUCUGGAGGACAACAUUGGAGAACUAGACCUAGAUCGUCAGGAAGAGAUGCUGAGAGCACGCCGUGAUGAGGAAGAGGAAAAAGAGAGAGGACGGAAGAGCGCUGUCCUCUUCGAUUCCAGUGACACCUUCGACUCGAUUUGCAGACAGGAAGAGAAAGUGAGCUCUGUGCUCCCCCUGAUUUUCGAAGAAGCCUCUGCUAUCUUCCUGGUGGGUCAGGGCUAUGUGGCCCAGGCCAAGGAGUAUUUCGAGAUGGAUGGUCAUGUAACAGAUCACAUUGAGAUCCUUCAGGACCACAGCGCGCUCUUCAAGGUGUUGGCCUUUUUUGAGGAGCGCUUGGAGCGCCGCUGCAAGAUGCACAAGCGGCGUGUUGAUAUCCUGGAGCCGAUCUGCAAGGAUUUGAACCCUCAGUACUACCUGCUGAUCUGUCGACAGCUGCAGUUCGAACUUGCCGAAACCUUUAACGAAAUGAUGGACUUGAAGCUGGGGGUGGCUGAUAAGCAGGAUCAGCCGGAUGCACACACCAUCAAGAAGUUAAACCACUUGUGUACCUCAUCCAUCAAGUACUACCAGAUGUUCCUGGACUCCAUCCGUUCACCAGAAGGCAAGUUCCCCGAGAAGUUGGAGGAUGAUCUGCUGAGACCAGCGUUAGCGGCCAAGUUUCGUGUCGCUCGGCUACAGUCCAAGAUCAUCACCACAAACCUGAAUGCUCAGCUGGAGAAUCUCAACCACUCACUUGAUUCUUACAACUUUGUUGUGCAGUAUUGUGAGGAGAACCCAGAAGCCAAGAAAGCAGUGGAAACUGAGCUGGAGCUCAGUGAAGAGAUGGUGUCUCUUCUACCGAUGAAGAUCAAUAGAAUAAAAUCCAAACUAGCAUCCUCCAACUGAUGUGCAGUAGUGAUGCUUGACGUAAGUAUGACUGUUAUAAUUAGGGCUGCACAAUAUGGACCUUGAUUCAUCAAAACCUGCUUAUCUGGAGCUGCGAUUGGUGAACUCUCAGGAACAGACGUCAUGAUUAGAGACUAAUUUAUUGCAGCCUUCUGCAUUUCAGUAUUGCAGAGGUUAAUAUUGAAUAAGGAAACACUACAUUGUGCAGCCUUAAUUAUAAUAUGUUCUUGACAGCUGACAUAGAAACAGAACUAAAUCUACUUCACUCUGCCAUAUCACUACCACAGAUCACUUCACAUUCUCCAUGUGAAAGACACCCCAACAUCCCAGCCUUAUUCACUUAUUCUUGUGCAAACCUGCGACCAGAUUAGCUCUCAGAAGCUUUUGCUGUACUGUCUAAAGUCCUUGCUAAACUGCAUGAAGCAAAAAUCACUAAUUUAUUUCAAAGUGCAAUGCCUUGUGAUGUACUUGUCUCAGUUAAAGAUAUAAAUAAAAUGUAACAAUAAAUGUACUUCGCCUCCAAUAAAAUGCUUUUCUUUA